UGCAGGCAAUCAUGACGCAGUUUCACAGCGCAGUGUUAAUGUGGAGGGGAGGGGGCAUUCAGUCAAAGAGCGCACGGCUACAUAAAUAUCAUCACCGUGGAGGGGAGGGGGUCAGGUCCGGUCAGCGGCCGUCCUCCUGCACAUCUGGAACACAGCAAACGGGAAUCCGCUCAGACCGCUGCCGCAAUGGGACMCCUGACCGUCCUCCCAGUCGUGGCCGUGUCCGCCUUCAUCCACCUCCAGCUGGCAUCGGCUUGGACGGUGAAUAAUUUCCUCAUGACUGGCCCGAAGGCUUUACUGGGUUAUGUCAGCAGCGUGCAGGCAGGCGCACAGACCGGAAUAAAAGAGUGCAAACACCAGUUCGCUUUGGAGAGAUGGAACUGUCCAGAGAGCGCGCUCCAGUUGUCAACACACAACGGCCUUCGAAGUGCCACAAGGGAGACGUCAUUUGUCCACGCCAUCAGCGCAGCCGGAGUGAUGUACACGCUCACCAAGAACUGCAGUUUGGGAGACUUUGACAGCUGCGGCUGCGAUGAGUCCAGGAUUGGUCAAACAGGUGGAAGAGGGUGGGUUUGGGGAGGAUGCAGUGACAAUGUUGCGUUUGGAGAAACCAUUUCCAGACACUUCGUGGACGCGCUGGAAAAUGGACGUGACGCACGCGCAGCGGUCAACCUCCACAACAACGAGGCAGGCAGACGGGCAGUCAAAGCCACCAUGAGAAAARCCUGUAAAUGUCACGGAGUGUCGGGGAGCUGCACCAUCCAGACCUGCUGGAUGCAUCUACCCAACUUCAGAGAGGUGGGCAACCACCUGAAGACGAAGCACGAACGCGCCAGGAAGCUGGAGCUGGACAAGAAGCCGGCGAGGUCCGGGAACAGCGCGGACAGCCGAGGGGCCGCGACGCUUGCUUUCCGGGGCGUCGCUCGAACUGAGCUCGUUUACCUGGAGGACUCUCCGAACUACUGCGUGAAGAACCAGAGCCUGGGGGUGCAGGGCACGGAGGGGCGGGAGUGUCUGAGGGGCGGCAGGAGGAACGCGACGCAGCGGGAGGACAGGAGCUGCCGCAGGCUGUGCCACCAGUGCGGCCUGAGAGUGGAGAAGAGGCGCACCGAGGUCGUCAGCAGCUGCAACUGCAAGUUUAUCUGGUGCUGCACGGUCAAAUGUGACAAGUGCACACAGUUUGUCACUAAAUAUUACUGCGCGCGCAAAGAAGGAUGGGAUAAGCUGCAGAAUCAGACCAGGCGGAAACAGCUGGUGCGUCAGGACUGAUUAAGGACCUAAUUAAUAAAGACUACACAAGCUGAUAGAAUGCUGAGUUCUAAACUGCCUGGACUUUUUUAUUGCACUUUUUUUUUUACCUUUAAAGCUGGACUAUUUAAGCAAAGCUGUGUUUUUCUUCAAUCCAAUUUGGAAAUCUUUGCUCGCUUGGAUUUUCCAACAACWGAACAAGGACUUUUAUUUUGAGUGAUAAAAAAUAAAUAUUUUCCUACAUCACUCUGUUGAUCCCA